AACUUCAUCAAAAUAAUUUGAACAAGUAACGACCUGGCUGAACAAAGUUAAGAGUCAAAGUCAAAGUCGUCUCUCCAUCCCCAACACUACUUCAGGUUCCAACCAGUUCAAAACUUUUCCAUCAUCGCAUCGUGCUUCUUCACUGUAAAAGAUAAACAGGAAUGGUACAAUUACAAAAAUACCCUUUUCUUAUACUUCUACUGAUCUACCUUGGAAUCCAAGUAGAAUCAGAUGCCUCUGAUCAUAGCUACAGUGAAGGUGAUACAGUCCCCUUCUAUGCCAACAAAAUAGCCCCAUUCCAUAAUUCUAGAGAAACAUAUGCUUAUUAUGAACUUCCAUUUUGUUCUCAAGAUGUUGUCAAAGAGAAGAAGCUUAAUUUAGGAGAGAUGUUGAAUGGAGAUCGUCUUGUUUCAACUCCAUAUAAGCUUGAAUUCCUUGUGGAUAAAGAUUUAGAAGUCUUAUGCAAUAAGACACUGAGUAAAACAGAUGUUUCUAAGUUCAAAAGGGCUAUAGCGAAGGACUACUAUAUGCAAUUAUACUAUGAUGACUUACCAAUGUGGGCUUUUAUUGGAGUGUUAAGAAAUAAAGGAUAUGGAAGGAUCAAAACAGAGUAUUCCCUUUACAAACAUUUUGAUUUCCAAGUUUUUUAUAAUAAGGAUCAUGUUAUUGAGGUCAAUCUCCGAAUGCCUAGAGAUUCAUUUACAGACAUUACUGAAGACAAGGAAGUUGAUGUGGAGUUCACAUACUCAGUUCAGUGGAAAAUGACACAACAAUCAUUUGAUAGGAGAAUGGAGAAAUACAUUGGUUCUUCCAUUUUACCUCACCACAUGUCGAUACAUCAUCACUCAAUUACAUACUCAAGUGUCAUACUCCUCAUUCUCAUCAUUUCCUUACUCACAUUUUACUUGCUAGUCCUUCGCAAAGACAUUUCCAAGAACUUAGGUGAUGUGGAAGAGGAUAUAUUGAGUUAUAAUAAGCAAGAAGAGAUAGGAUGGAAGAAUGUUCAUGGUGAUGUAUUUAGAUUCCCACAGCACAAGUCUUUAUUUGCUGCGGCUCUUGGUGCUGGAACCCAGUUGCUUGUAGUUAUCGUAGCAUUUCUUGCUCUAGGCCUCCUAGGUGUUUUUCAGCCCUAUAUGCGAGGAGUACUCUGGAAAACACUUAUCAUUUUAUAUGCACUAACAUCUUUGGUCUCAGGAUAUACUUCUGUUUCCUUCUAUUUUAAACUCGAAGGAACAAACUGGAUGAAGAACCUAAUACUCACAGGAGUAUUAUAUUUUGGGCCAAUCUUUGUUACUUUUACUUUCCUAGACAUUGUUGCGACAUUUUAUGGAUCAACUACUGCAUUACCAUUGAGAGCAAUAGUCAUGUUAUCUCUCUUGUGGAUAUUCAUAGCAUCACCAUUGCAUCUUUUAGGAGGCAUUAUUGGGAAAACAAGAAUGUCUGAAUUCCAAGCUCCCUGCAAAACUGCUAAAAUUCCUAGAGAGGUUCCUAAGCUGCGUUGGUAUAGGGGUGUUCUUCCUCAGAUGGCUUUAGCAGGAAUUUUGCCUUUCAGUGUUAUCUAUAUUCAGUUGUAUUACAUAUUUGCAAGUGUUUGGGGACAUCGCAUUUACACACUUUAUAGUAUUGUGUCGAUAGUCUUCUUUCUUCUUCUCAUCAUGACUGCUUUAGUUUCUGUGGCACUGACAUACUUCCAGCUUGCUGCUGAAGAUCAUCAAUGGUGGUGGAGGUCAUUUCUGUGUGGAGGCUCUACUGGAUUGUAUAUAUAUGUUUAUUGCAUCUAUUAUUAUUUUGAGAGAUCAGACAUGAAUGGUUUCAUGCAAACCUCCUUUUUCUUCGGCUAUAUGGCUUGUGUCUGUUUCGGCAUAUUUUUGAUACUUGGAAGUGUGGGUUUCAAUGCCUCGUUGCUCUUUGUUCGUUACCUAUAUGCAGCUAUAAAAUGCGACUAACAAACUAACAGGGAUAGGGAGUCACUUCUGUGUAACCUGCUCGGUGUUCAUUUCUCCUUUGGGAAUUGAUCUCUCCUGACUCCUAUCACAAUUCGUUGUAUUUGAUGUGAUACUGAAUUGCUCCAUUUUUGUCAUCAUCCUGUUAGGUAAUUAAGUACUUCGACAAACACAAGAACAAUGAUAAAGACGUUGAAGAAUAACAAACAGCACAAGGAUUUAACCUGGUUGACAUGAUUAGAGUAAUUAAGCUACAUCCUCAAGAUAACCCCCCCCCCCCCCCCC